GCUUUGGAAGAGCACGUGUGUAAAAAUUGGAUAAAAAUGAAUUACACUGAUGAAGAGAAACGAAAGGCGAAAAUGUAUUUUUUUGAGAAAAGUGGAAUUCCAGGCGUAAUAGGUUGCAUUGAUGGGACACAUAUUAAAAUCGUUGCCCCAAAAAAGGAUCUUCAACACCUUUACUAUAACCGAAAAGGGUACUUUAGCUUAAACGCGAUGAUAGUCUGUGAUAACGCUCUGAGGAUUCGUUACAUCAAUGCAAGAUAUCCUGGGGCAACGCACGAUGCUACGGUUUUCAAUAUGUCUUCUUUAAAACCCCAAUUAGAAGAUGACUACCACAGGGGUGAAAGAAAUUUAUUAUUACCCCGAUGA